UCAUAGAAACAGAACAUUUCAGUCGCUACAGUGCCUGUUGCAUCAGGAACAAGUUAAACGCGGAUCGAAUCUAAUACAAAAUUUCAUCAACAUGUCUAAAUUUAUGGUAUGGCAUUAAUCUGAUUAAGUCUACUAUCUUAUUAACAAUCUUCGCUGUUUUGGUGGUAACAAUGGCUGAUCAUCACAAUGGCGGAGGUGGUGGUGGUGGAGGAGGAUAUGGUGGCUCAGGUAAAAGCGGUUACACCAAGAAAUACGAUGGAGGAGGACAUGGGCAACAGGGAUUCGGUCAAGGAGGACACGGACAGCAAGGAUUUGGUCAGGGAGGACACGGACAGCAGGGAUUUGGCCAGGGAGGACACGGGCAGCAAGGAUUUGGCCAGGGAGGACACGGGCAGCAAGGAUUUGGCCAGGGAGGACAUGGCCAACAAGGUGGGCAUGGUUUUACUCACGGACAGCAGGGAGGUCACGGACAUGGGAAAGACCACGGACAUGAUCACGGUGGAUACAAGAAGCAUGGAUACUAAAAUAAAUUAAAAAAGCUUUGAAAAGCACUAUACACAAUAAAUCGUUAAAAAUACCGAA